CUAGGGUUUGGCCUCUAGGCAGUGAGCGAUCGAUCUUUGGCGGUGCGUCCCCCGAGAGAUCUCUGUGAUUGUCGAGAGAGGAUCCCCCCUGCGAGCGAGUCCGAUUCAAGAUUUCGAGGAAUUGUGUGCCUGAUCGCUGCCGCCCGCAUUUCACUCGCGCGAGGGCUUGAUUCGAGGCUUCUUGGUGCGAGCGUAGAGAUCGAGAGCAGCUAUGCAGGCUUGCCUGGGAUUGUCCUUGAACCAGGCAGCAUGGAUGCACCGCCGCGCUCGAGCAACGGAAGCUACCGCUUUGGGGUCAAUCUGCUCCAGCCGCUUGAGCUCAGCUGUGCCGUCCUUGUCAUGCGCGACCGCCGGACUGAAGCCAUCUCCAGCGAUGGAAUGGGGAGCGGAGAAUGUACCGCUGCGUGGUCACCAUGUCGUCCAUGUCCCAAGUGCCAGAGGGUCCUCUUGGACUUUACGAUCCUGCAUUGGACAAGGAUUCGUGUGGGGUGGGUUUUGUUGCCGAGCUUUCAGCCAAGCCGAGCCGCCAGACUGUAAGUUCUAG